AUGCGCCAAAAUGCAUUCAAAAUUUGCAGCUACAAAUCAAGGAUAAGGCCAGAUCAAAGGGGAUGUGAAGGAAUCCGGAUGAGCCAUGAAUUUUGGGUCAAUAUGGGGCAGGAUCUGCAGGGUCAAGAUGGUGGUGAUAAGGGAAAUCAUGCCCAUGGUCUUCAUCCCACCAAAUUGGAAAAUGGGGAGAAGGAGAGAAGUGUGUUUCAAGGAGGAAGAAUGAGGAAGAUGAGGGGAGGGGAGGGGAGGGGUGGGGUGGGGAGGGGAGGAGGGGCAGACCACCUCCCCCCCAAGAUGCAACUCUGA